AUGGCACCAUUACGUGCGGGACGAACCGCUGUCAGUGAGGGACUUAUCCAGCAUCCCUCCUGCCUGAACCAGCCCACGAUCACGACAUCGAUCGGUGGCGGUGUGUACGAUCCGUUCUCGUGGGGCGUGAGCGGUGACUCCGACCAUGGCUUCGAAUCGUCCCAGUCGGGUGACGGGUCCGGUUCGGAGGGUGCCGGCAUGGUACGUUGCUGCAUGCCGAUCGGUGAGUGCAUGAAGCCGAAAAGUGGCAACCCAUUCUCGGAACUGGGCGCGAUGAUCAAUCUGGAGGAUCUGCGCGAAUGCGUGCGUGUCCAGUGCAGCAACGACUCGUGCACCGCCGGCCAGUACAUGCACCGGGAGUGCUUCGACCGGUGGGAGGAUGAAGUGAUGGCAUACUUGAAAUCUACCGCCCGUGCACGGUCCUGGUCGGAUAAGCAACGGCAGCAGUACCUCUGGACGAAGAAGGGCUACGAUCUGGUGCACAAGGUGUGCGCCUGCAAGUGCGGACGUGGCAACCUGAAGAAGGACCUGGACUGGAAUGCUCCAACCACGGCCACGAUGUUCGGUCGCGCCCUCGUAGGCAGCGGUGGUGGUGGCGUUAUCAUUGGAGAUGGUUCCAUUGACGUUGAUGCCAUUGGGGUUGGUGGCAUGCUUGGUCCGAUCGGGGGCCGCGAAGAUGAAAGUGCCAAGAAGCAGAAGAAAAAGAAGAACCGGCACAAUCAGAAAUUGGCGAUCUCGACCAGCGCUAGCAGCAGUGCUAACAGUAGCGCCACCAGCAGUCCCAACAGCCAGCAACAGCAGCUACGGCAGCAGCAAACCGAUCUUAUUCUUCAGCAUCACCAUCAUCUGCUGCAGCAGCAGCAGCAACAUCAAUCCUCGGAGCAGCAACAUCAACUAAAGCUGCUGUCAAUACUGAGCAAGAUAAGUGUUUCGUCAUCGAAUACUGCAGCGACUCCCAUGCGGCGCGGGACCAAUCAACCACCCGGUCUUGGGGGGCUGGUGAUCAAUGGCAUACAUUCACACAUGCAGCAGCAGGCGCAGCAUCUGCAUCACGGUGCGGCAAUCGGCAUGGCAUCGGCCUCUGCUACGGCCCGUAUGCGUGCCAACAGCCUGUCGUCGAUCAGCAAUGGGUCCUGCACACCGCCAGCUUCUUCGAUCGGUGGCUCGGAACAGUCCAUCUCACCGAUCCACAACCAAGCACCGAGCCCGGCCAGCAUUGCCAAGUUACCGCUGACACCGAAGUCGAAAGUUGAGCUGCAUUCUGAGCGUGUUCGAGCUACAUCUGGUGCCAAUGGGAUCUUCUCACGGCGUUUAGACUUUUCGUCGUUCAACGUAUUGCCGCGACAGCGAAUAAACUCCUAUUCGAUAAAGAUCGAGGAUGAAGGCAAUCACGGAAACGACGAAACACGUCUGUUUAUUCUGUCUUCGCUAGCCGCACAGCAUAAGAGUCGCGUUGCGUGUGUGCUCUGCGAGGAACCGAUGCUAGUCUUUGACCGCUAUCCCCUGGUCGAUGGAACGUUCUUUCUCAGCCCGAAACAACACAACAAAGGGUGCAUUGAGGUGAAGUACGAGAAUCGUGUCCAAUAUCUGACAUCCGUCUGCAUGGCGUGCUUGGAAGGCGUCGAGCCAAACCGUGUCGUACGGUGCAGAUUCUGUGUAAAUAAGUGGGACGGUUCAUCGCUUGUUCUAGGAACUAUGUACUCUUAUGACAUCUUCGCCGCUAUGCCAUGCUGUACGGAACGUUUGAAGUGUAACAACUGCUUCAAAAUGAUGCUGUCUCCAAAUCAACGGCUGAACUUCUACAGUGACUACAGCCACAGCGUGUCGUGUCCGUAUUGUUCGGCACAGGACAAUCACUUUGUGAAGCCGCUGAGCUACUGCUACACCAAGCAGCCGAUGCAGUUUUUCCAGCACUGGCCAUAA